UUUACUUUCACAAAACGAUUAUUUGACUGGAAAACCCAGUCAUAAAACCCCGUCGUCCCUCCUCACUCUCUCUGAGACCCUUAGCUCGGAGCUCAGGCCACCACCACAACCCUCUUCUACUCCUCUCUCUGAAACCCUAGAAUCAUGUACGGCGGCGAUGAGGUGUCGGCCAUCGUAAUCGACCUCGGCUCCCACACUUGCAAGGCCGGCUAUGCCGGCGAAGAUGCGCCAAAGGCUGUUUUUCCAUCGGUUGUUGGGUCAAUUGAUCAAAUGGAAGUAGAUGAAACUGAAAACUCUGGAUCUGCUGAUCCAAAAAGUGAUUCUGACAAAACCAAGGGAAAACGGAAAUUAUAUGUAGGAUCUCAAGCUUUAGGAUAUCGUCGGGAUCAUAUGGAGGUGCUGCCCCCCAUAAAGGAUGGAGUUGUUGUUGAUUGGGAUGCUGUGGAGGGUAUAUGGGACCAUGCUUUUAGGGACUGCCUAUUGGUUGAUCCCAAAGAGCAUCCAAUGCUACUUGCAGAGCCAUCUUUUAACUCCCAGCAACAGAGAGAAAGGACGGCAGAGCUCAUGUUUGAAAAAUACAAAGUUCCUGCUUUAUUCAUGGCUAAGAAUGCUGUUCUCACAUCUUUUGCAUCUGGCCGUGCUACCUCGUUGGUAGUUGACAGUGGCGGAGGAUCAACUACAGUUGCUCCAGUUCAUGAUGGUUAUGUUCUCCAAAAGGCUGUGUCAUCCUCUCCUAUUGGAGGAGAAUUUCUUACUGAUUGUUUGACGAAAAGUUUGGAAAGCAAAGGAAUGACGAUCAAACCCAGAUAUUCAUUCAAGAGAAAGGAAACACGACCUGGAGAGUUUCAGGUUGUAGAUGUUGAUUUUCCAAACACCACAGAGAGCUACAAGCUCUAUUCCAAGAGGAUAAUUGCUAGUGAUAUCAAGGAAUGUGUGUGCAGAGCGCCUGACACUCCAUAUGAUGAAAGCUCAUAUUCAAACAUUCCAAUGACCCCAUAUGAGCUUCCUGAUGGCCAGACAAUUGAAAUUGGAUCUGAUAGAUUCAAGAUCCCUGAUGUACUGUUUAACCCAUCCUUAGCUCAGACAAUUCCUGGUAUGGAGAGUUUUGCAGAGAUUGCUCCUUCUCUUCGUGGUUUACCUCAAAUGGUUAUAGACAGCAUUAACAAGUGUGACGUGGACAUCCGUCGUGAAUUAUUUAGUAGUAUACUGCUUGCUGGUGGCACAGCAUCGAUGCAACAGUUAAAGGAACGCCUUGAGAAAGACUUGCUGGAGGAAUCUCCCCAAGCUGCUAGAGUUAAAGUAUUGGCAAGUGGAAAUGCAACAGAAAGGCGAUUCAGUGUUUGGAUAGGUGGCAGUAUAUUGGCUUCUCUUGGUUCAUUCCAGCAGAUGUGGUUCUCCAAGGCUGAGUACGAGGAGCAUGGGGCUUCUUAUGUACAAAGAAAGUGCCCUUGAUUUGUUAUCUUGGGAACAACUGCAAAUAGAAAAGGUCUCGGUUGUGCUCCAUCUAAUGGACAUUUUCCAAAGUUGUCAAAGCUUUGAGCCUGUAUCCAGUUAGAGACGGAUAGUGCUUUGAUUUUUAUUAACCGACUCUGAUAUACCGUAGCAUAUAUAGCUUAUUGAUUAGGGAUUAUUGUGGUGCUUAUUGUUCAACUAGUUUUAAAUACCGAGACCAUGCACCAACCUUACUGCUCCCACCUAGCUGUUUUCAUAUGAACUCUCCUCAGGUUUUAGUGUCUGGAUACAUUGUUGGUUAUUUCCAUGUUUAGAAUCCCUCAACUCUUCA